AUGGCUUCGCCUAAUUCUGAUACGAAGGCUGAGGUUGUUGUCGUAUACCACGGCCGGUCUACUUUCCUGUGCUCCCAGUGCGCCGCUGUGAUCGCUCUUCAAGACGAACUGAUCAGUAAGUCGUUCUCUGGGCGGGAAGGCCGUGGAUACCUGAUGCACUCCGCGGUGAACGUCAAGCUGGGGAAGAAAGAGGAUCGGCCCCUCUUGACUGGAGUACACACCGUGGCAGACAUCUAUUGUAUGGGGUGCAACGAACGUAUUGGGUGGUACUACCACAAAGCUUCAGAUAAUUCUCAGAAAUACAAGGAAGGGAAAUAUCUGCUGGAGCGAGAGAAGAUAGUAAAAGACAAUGCGUGGCAGUUGGAUGAGUAA